UUAGGUUGGAGGGGGGAGUCAAGAUGAUGGAGCACAGAAAUAUGCUUGACAGGACAGCUCUUCAUGUGCCGCAGACAUGACUCUAAGCACUGGAGUGUGCUCAAAUUAGCAAAAGGGGGACAAGACAGGACGGAAGGUCUGCAGCACCUUGGUUCAGCCUCACUGGAUGCAGCAAGGCAGCUGAUUUAUUGCUAGGGGGCUGGGUGGCAGCGUACAUGUGUGUGUUAGUGUAUACGAGUGUGUGUGUGUGCAGUUUUUUUAUGAGUCCUUGCACUGUAGCGCUUGGAGCUUUGGGAGAGACCAUUCCUCCAGUCAUAAAAUGACAUUCAGCAGGCAGGAGCUGUGUGUAUGCUGGUGUGGCUCUGCAGUCCUCAGUAGGAAGUAGGAGACUCUAGAUUCGGAGCUUUUACCCAGUGCAAGUGGCUUUGUUUACGCUGCUCUGCACUGAGGUCUUUAGGUGAGAGUAGCAAAAGACAAUGCUAGGAGGAGAGGAGCACUGAUGGCAGGGAGGCCAGCUGAUGUAGCAGAGGAGCAAAGAAAGGGAAGCAGAAAAGAGAGGGUGAUCAUGGCUGUCAAACAGUGAGCUAUAGCAUAUGCUGUAGUGCAGAACAGAGUGGUGCGGCAGGGGAGGACAAGCAUCACUGCACAGGGAAAGGAGGGGGGGUGAAGGCGAAGAGAGAGCCUGGGAGAAAGGGGGUGGGGGGGAGAGAAGAACGCAAUCAGAUUAGCACCUCUCCACCACUGUCAAGAGAAUCAUAGCACUACAAGCCUGGAGGAAGCACAAAAACAUCUCCCAAGGCCAGGUGUAAAGGUCAAAAGGGAGCUGGUGCAGCACGGAGGGGGACUACAGGCAACGGGCAGGGGGGGCCAUAGUGGAUGUGCCCCCACCGACCAAAGAGCAAAGCAAGGAAGAAAGAUCGAGUACCCGGUUUGGUGUGACCCCCCUGACACCUCACCAUGGGAGAGUGGACCAUUUUGGAGAGGCUGCUGGAGGCGGCUGUCCAGCAGCACUCUACUAUGAUUGGCAGGUGGCCAGAAAAAGGAGACCAAAGGGAUGUCCGUGUUGCUCUCUUUCUACUGGAUGUGAUCCUGCUGACAGUGGUGGUGAUCUUCCGCAUCCUGAUAGUGGGCAUAGUGGGCGAGAAGGUGUACGAGGAUGAGCAGACUAUGUUCAUCUGCAACACCAUGCAGCCUGGCUGCAACCAGGCUUGUUAUGACAAAGCCUUCCCCAUCUCGCACAUACGCUACUGGGUCUUUCAGAUCAUCCUGGUGUGCACGCCCAGCCUGUGCUUCAUCACCUACUCUGUCCACCAGUCAGCCAAAGCCCGGGACCGCAGCUACUCCCUCCUGCAUCCUUACAUGGACCACCAUGGUCACGGUCACCACGGCCGUCAUCACGACCAUCACGCACGCAAGCUUCACGCCCGAAACAUCAACGGCAUUCUGGUACACCCCGACAGCAGUAAGGAGGACCAUGACUGUUUGGAAGUCAAAGAGAUCCCCAACGGACCUCGAGGGCUCCCUCAAACGCACAAGAGCGCCAAAGUGCGACGCCAGGAAGGAAUAUCCCGUUUCUAUGUCAUCCAGGUGGUCUUCCGCAACGCGCUGGAGAUCGGCUUCUUGGCGGGCCAGUACUUCCUGUACGGCUUCAACGUACCGGGAAUGUUUGAGUGCGACCGUUACCCAUGCGUGAAGGAGGUGGAGUGUUACGUGUCCCGUCCCACCGAAAAGACCGUCUUUUUAGUCUUCAUGUUUGCUGUCAGUGGCAUUUGCGUGGUGCUCAACCUGGCGGAGCUCAACCACCUCGGCUGGCGGAAGAUAAAGACGGCCAUCCGGGGUGUGCAAGCCCGGAGGAAGUCCAUCUGCGAAGUGCGCAAGAAGGACGUGUCCCACCUGUCUCAGACCCCCAACCUGGGCAGGACCCAGUCCAGCGAGUCGGCCUACGUCUGACAGAGGCUUCUCUGCCUGGGGGCUCAAGGUCGUCUGACAUUUGGACAAAAGCUAUGGCCCUGGACCCCCGAGCAUAAGGGCACAAAAAGUCACCUCUGCAUUAUUACUAUGAAGGAGCACAGACGGACUAUGUGCUUUAAGUAAAGACACUGACCUUGGUGCUGCUCGAGCUCCUUGGUAAAAAUGGAGAGUUCUACUCUGCCUAGGUGACACUAGGUGCCUUUAAGAACCCAACAGACAUAAAUGAGCAAUUUAAUAAUACUAAAAUACUGUAAAGGUUGAUUCAAUUGCAUAAAGCAAUGCCCCUUAUUAUUUGCCUUUGUUGUAGCUUAUGAAUAAUCCUCCGAUUUUGCGAAUAUGUGCACAUAUGCAAAAACCACGCGUGUGCAUGCGUACGCAUGAGUGUAGGGGAACAAAAGCCAAUCUCUGACAUGAGUCGGAAAAUUGAAAUGAUAAUCUGAGAUGCUGAAGGAAAGACUCGUACAUCUCAUUUUUAUUCAAUGAUGAAAUUCCACACUAAAUAUAGCGGCACUACAGUAAAACGUGUUCACCAUCUACUCCAAACGGCCCUUGCUGCUUUUGCCACCGAUUUGGCAACAUUUGCUGCUGUGCUACCACAACAAAGUCAGUGAAACACACUCACGCACUGAAGAUGAGUCACACUUUUACCUCCCGACACUGUGUUACACACCUCAGUGCUCAUGAUGCCUGCAAGGUUGGACGUUUACUCUCACAAGCAAGAAAAAAAAAACUCAAGAAACGCGUGCCGGUGUUUCCACUUUGUGCGUCCGAUCACCAUCCGUGGGCACAACACGCACAUAUUUUCAAUCCAACAGGAAAAAAAAGCAUAUAUAUCGUUGUCACACGUUUUAAGCUUUUUCACAAGCAGAUUUGGUGCCAUAUUUCAAAGGUACUGUACAUAUAAGACGUAUAGGAAUGACCUUUGAUGGCUUUCACUUGAGAAUUAAGCUGGUCAUGAAGAAGAAUCCUAGAUGAGCAGCUUUAAUAAUGUGUAUUAUCAAUGUGCUCUUUGUUAAGCCUUCACCCUUCUGAUAGAAACUAUAUGUUCUGAAAAGUGUCUCCCGCCCUAUGGACUGAAAAAGGCAUGUUAAAGAAGCAUAACUAGAAUGGAUAGAUUAAGACAUAUAACUUAUGAAGAGUUUUAUUUAUUUGCAUCCUGCUCCUGUGAAUUGUACUCAGCAUGCAUUACGAUGAAAACUAUUACGAGAUACAUAGCCUCCCGUUGAGGGGGAAUAUUGAAAGUGAAUAUUUGAAAGGCUCCCAAACUGCAGCAAUAAUAUUAAUAUAUAAUAUGUGAAAAGAAAUUAAUGAAUAAAUGAUUAUGCAAACUGUUUUUGGCCUCUUUGUCCAGCCAUCCAUCAUUCUUAAGGCUAUU